CUCAAUUCUAAUUUUAAUAAUAUGUAAAAAAUACACCCUGAUUAAGAAAUGAAAGGAUUGAAGAUUGUGAAAUCUGCUACGACUAAUGUUUCAUCAAGAACCCUCUAGAAUAGAAAAGGAGUAGAUUUGGCUUUUGAUGAUAUCCACUAUAAAGUUUAAAAUGGGAAAAGUAAACCAUAUAAAAUAUAAUAUUAGAUGAAAGAGUGAUUUUAGAUCAUGUAUCAGGAAUCUGUCCAGGAGGAUAGAUUACAGCAAUAUUAGGAAGUUCUGGAGCAGGAAAGACAUCUCUUUUAAAUGUUUUAGCCUGUAGAAUAAUAAACAAUAAGUAAUGUAAGCUGACUGGAGAAUUGUAUGCAAAUCAGGAUAAAUAUAAUUAUGAAAAAUUUAGCUAGUUUGCAUCUUAUGUAAUGUAAAAUGAUGUUUUAUUGGAAACUAUGACUCCUAAAGAAGCUUUCACUUUUGUAUCUAGUUUAAAAUACAACGAUGAAGAAACUAAAAUAGCAAGAGUUUAAGAAACAAUAAAGAAUAUGAGAUUGGAGAAAUGUUAGAAUAGUAGAGUUGGGGGUGCAAUGGUAAAAGGUAUAAGUGGAGGUGAAAGAAAAAGAACAUCUAUAGGUUAUGAAUUAGUUUCUAAUCCAAGUGUGAUUCUUUUAGACGAACCAACUUCUGGGUUGGAUUCAUUUACUGCUUUUUAAAUUAUGUAAUGAAUCUUCUUAAUCAUUUAGUCAUUAAUUACAAUUAUUGUGCAAAGAUCAAGAUAAAACUAUAAUUUUUACUAUACAUUAACCAAGUUCAGAUAUUUUUUUAUUGUUUGAUAGAAUAAUGUUAUUAGUGUAAGGGAAACUAAUUUAUUAAGGAGAUAGAAGUAAAAUAAUUAAUUAUUUCAAAUCUUUUGGUUAUGAAUGUCCUACUCACUCAAAUCCUAUGGAUUAUUUAUUAUCGAUUACUCAUAGUGAAGAUCCUAAAAAUGUGGAAUCAUAUCCUAUUUAUUUUGAAAAUUAUGAAUAGCAAUUAGCAAAUUAAAUAAAAUAAGAAAUUGAUAAUCGUAAUUAGUCUGCUAUAAUAUACAAAUCAUUAGAAACUACAAUAGCAUAUUAAAUUGGAUUACUCACAAAAAGAUGUUUUGUAAAUUUUAGUAGAGAUGAUAUGUAAAUGAAAGCCAGAAUUGGAUCAGCAAUAUUUUAAGGAUUAUUACAUGGAGGAGUAUUUUGGGAGGCGGCAAAGAAUUCAGAAACGAUCUCAGAUAUUAGAAAUAUUUCAGGAUCGUUAUAUUUCUUAUGUGUCAAUUUUGCUAUUGGUUGUAUGAUGCAAGUAGUUUUAGGGUUUGCUGUUGAAAGAGAAGUAUUUUUAAGAGAAGAAAAUUCCAAAUUAUAUUCAGCAUUAUCAUAUUUUAUUGGCAAAUAAUUUGUUGAAGUCCCAUUCUGCAUACUUUAACCUCUUAUCCUCUAAAUAAUAUCUUAUUGGAUGAUUAGUUAUAACGAUUAUGAUGUCUCAAUAGUCAUAAUCAACUUUUUUAUUUGCAUUUUACUCUGUAUUUGUGCAAAUUCUAUGGGUUUAAUGGCUGGUUGUGCAUUUAGGGAUAUUAAAUUAGCAUUAACAGCAGUACCAAUUAUUAUGAUGCCUGUUAUCUUACUAUCUGGAUAUAUGGCUAAUUCUAAGAAUUUCCCAGUAUGGUUUGGAUGGUUAUAAUAUCUGAGUCCUGUUAGAUAUGCUUAUGAGGCAAUAUCUUUGAAUGAAUACACUCAUCGCAGUUUCUAAAUUGACCCCAAAAAUUUAUAUGACUUUCAUAUAGGAAUGUGGAAUUGUAUAUAUAUUCUUAUUGGAUUCAUCAUUGGGUUAAGAAUUUUUGCAUAUUUCUUUUUAAAAGGAUUAAGGGAAAGAUUAUAAUGA